AUGGAAGAGAAUGUGUUCAGCGUGCAGCAGAUACAGCCCAACGUCAUCUCGGUGAGGCUCUUCAAGCGCAAGGUGGGCGGCCUCGGAUUCCUGGUGAAGGAGCGCGUCAGCAAGCCGCCCGUCAUCAUCUCCGACCUGAUCCGGGGAGGGGCUGCAGAGCAGAGUGGCCUCAUCCAGGCUGGGGACAUCAUUUUAGCUGUCAAUGGCAAGCCCCUCGUGGACAUGAGCUAUGAGACCGCGCUGGAGAUCCUAAGAAGCAUUGCCUCAGAGACCUACGUGGUCCUCAUUCUGCGGGGCCCCGAGGGCUUCACCACUCACCUGGAGACCACUUUUGCAGGAGACGGGACGCCGAAAACCAUCCGCAUCACCAGACCCCUCUGCACGGCUCCGAAGGCAGUUGACUUGUCCAACCCAAGCCUGCACAGCAAAGAGCAGCCACUGCCAGCAGCCGACCGCACCAUGGGCUCCCUGUGGACCAGAGAGAUUGGGCGUGAGGUGGAGCCGAUGGUCCACGUUAAUGGCAUCAUUACUGGCAGCAAAGGGCAGGACACUGGGAAGGGGAAGGAAGGGGCUUGUGGUCACCCUUGCCUCAAUGGUGGCGUGGAAGACAAUGAACUGCUCAAAGAAAUCGAGCCUGUCCUGGAUCUCCUGAAGAGCAGCAGUAAGGACAGCGAUGGAGAUGCACCCUCCAAGGUAGAGACAAGAGAUAUAGAAGUCCAGGUGGACUGGAAUAGCAACACGCAACCUGCUUCUAUGGAGAAUGACCGAGUCUUGGGUGACCUGUGGGGGAAGAGCAAUGUGCCCGUGGUCCCGAACAACCCCAGCUCCGAAGCAGAGCAGCCACCACCAUCUGGGCAGCAGUCUCCGACCAAGAACACGGUCAAUGGGAGUCCUUCCAAAUGCCCACGGUUUGUCAAAAUCAAGAACUGGGAGACAGGCUCUGUGCUCCAUGACACCCUGCACCUCAAGACAGCAAUGGCCACUGCAUGCACUGAGCAGAUCUGCAUGGGCUCAGUAAUGACUCCCAGCCCCCAUAUCCGCAAGUCAGAAGAUACCCGGACAAAGGAGGAGGUGCUCCUUUUGGCUAAGGACUUCAUUGACCAGUACUACUCCUCCAUAAAGAGAUCUGGCUCCAAGGCCCAUGUGGAAAGGCUGGAGGAGGUGACCAAGGAGAUUGAAGCCACAGAUACCUACCAGCUGCGGGACACUGAGCUGAUCUAUGGAGCCAAGCAUGCCUGGAGAAAUGCAGCUCGCUGUGUUGGCAGGAUCCAGUGGUCCAAACUACAGGUGUUUGAUGCUCGGGACUGCACCACAGCCCAUGGGAUGUUCAAUUAUAUCUGCAACCACAUCAAGUAUGCCACCAACAAAGGGAACCUCAGAUCUGCUAUAACCAUCUUCCCACAGCGGACAGACAGCAAGCAUGACUUCCGUAUCUGGAACGCGCAGCUCAUCCGCUAUGCGGGAUACAAGCAGCCUGAUGGCACUAUCCUGGGAGACCCUGCAAAUGUGGAGCUGACAGAGAUCUGCAUUCAACAAGGGUGGAAGGCACCAUACGGGCGCUUCGAUAUCCUGCCCCUGCUCCUCCAAGCCAAUGGCAAUGAUCCAGAGCUCUUUGAAAUCCCUCCAGAGCUGGUGCUGGAAGUGCCCAUCCGGCACCCCAAGUUCGAAUGGUUUAAGGACCUGGGCCUGAAGUGGUAUGGUUUGCCAGCAGUUUCCAACAUGCUCCUCGAGAUUGGUGGCUUGGAGUUUUCUGCCUGCCCCUUCAGCGGCUGGUACAUGGGCACGGAGAUUGGGGUCCGGGACUACUGCGACAACUCUCGCUAUAAUAUCCUGGAGCAAGUGGCCAAGAAAAUGAAUCUGGAUAUGAGGAAAACCUCCUCGCUGUGGAAGGAUCAGGCCCUGGUGGAAAUCAACAUUGCUGUGCUGUACAGCUUCCAGAGUGACAAAGUGACCAUUGUGGAUCACCACUCGGCUACUGAGUCCUUUAUCAAGCACAUGGAGAAUGAGUAUCGAUGUCGUGGAGGUUGUCCUGCUGACUGGGUGUGGAUUGUCCCACCAAUGUCUGGCAGCAUCACCCCAGUUUUCCAUCAGGAAAUGCUCAACUACCGUCUCACACCCUCCUUUGAGUACCAGCCGGACCCCUGGAACACCCACGUCUGGAAAGGGGUCAAUGGGACACCUACCAAGAAGAGGGCCAUUGGCUUUAAGAAGUUAGCAAAGGCUGUGAAGUUCUCAGCCAAGCUGAUGGGACAGGCCAUGGCCAAGAGGGUCAAAGCAACCAUCCUGUAUGCCACAGAAACAGGGAAGUCACAGGUCUACGCAAAAACUCUGUGUGAAAUCUUCAAACACGCUUUUGAUGCCAAGGUGAUGUCCAUGGAUGAGUAUGAUAUUGUGCAUCUGGAGCACGAAACCAUGGUCCUGGUGGUCACGAGCACCUUUGGCAAUGGAGACCCACCUGAGAAUGGAGAGAAAUUUGGCUGUGCAUUAAUGGAGAUGAAGAAUCCCAAUUCCAACCUGGAGGAGAGGAAGAGCUACAAGGUUCGUUUCAACAGCGUCUCCUCUUACUCGGAUGCACGGAAAUCCUCAAGUGAUGGCCCUGACUCGAGGGACAACUUUGAGAGCACAGGGCCCCUAGCUAAUGUCAGGUUCUCCGUGUUUGGGCUGGGGUCACGUGCUUACCCCCACUUCUGCGCCUUUGCCCGGGCAGUGGACACGCUCCUGGAAGAGCUGGGUGGAGAGCGGAUCCUCCGCAUGGGAGAAGGGGAUGAGCUCUGUGGCCAAGAGGAGUCCUUCAGGACCUGGGCCAAGAAGGUCUUCAAGGCAGCGUGUGACGUGUUCUGCGUGGGGGACGACGUCAACAUUGAGAAAGCAAACAACUCCCUCAUCAGCAAUGACCGGAGCUGGAAGAGGAGCAAGUUUCGGCUGACCUACGUGGCUGAGGCCCCAGAGCUCACACAAGGACUGUACAGCAUCCACAAAAAACACGUCUAUGCAGCCCGACUCAUCACACGCCAGAACCUGCAGAGCCCAAAGUCCAGCCGCUUGACAAUUUUCCUGCGCCUCCACACCAACGGACACCAGGGACUGCAGUACCUGCCCGGGGACCACCUGGGAGUCUUUCCAGGGAACCAUGAAGACUUGGUCAAUGCCCUAAUUGACAGGCUUGAAGAUGCCCCUCCAGCCAACCAGCUGGUGAAGGUGGAGCUGCUGGAGGAGAGGAAUACGGCUCUAGGUGUCAUCAGUAACUGGACAGAUGAGAACCGUGUCCCACCAUGCACCAUCUUCCAGGCUUUUAAGUACUAUUUGGACAUCACCACCCCUCCCACACCCCUGUUGCUGCAGCAGUUUGCUUUGUUGGCCACCAGUGACAAAGAGAAGAAACGUCUGCAGGUUCUUAGCAAGGGCUUGCAAGAGUACGAGGAAUGGAAGUGGUUCAAGAACCCCACCAUUGUGGAGGUCCUGGAGGAGUUCCCAUCGGUGCAGAUGCCCUCCACUCUGCUGCUCACACAGCUUCCUCUCCUCCAACCACGCUACUACUCCAUCAGUUCCUCCCCAGAGAUGUACCCAGGAGAGGUCCACCUCACUGUGGCAGUGGUCUCCUACCGCACAAGAGAUGGAGAAGGACCAAUCCACCAUGGAGUCUGCUCCUCUUGGCUCAGUCGGAUACAGACUGAUGAAGUAGUGCCCUGUUUUGUAAGAGGCGCGCCUGGGUUCCACCUGCCGCAGGAUCCCCAGGUGCCCUGCAUCCUCAUUGGCCCUGGCACAGGCAUCGCCCCUUUCCGGAGCUUCUGGCAGCAGCGGCUUUUUGACAUCCAGCACAAAGGUCUGAAGCCUUGUCCUAUGGUCCUGGUGUUUGGCUGCCGGCAGUCCAGGAUUGACCACAUUUACAAAGAGGAGACACUCUUUGCCAAAACCCAAGGUGUCUUCAGAGAGCUGUACACAGCCUACUCCCGGGAGCCGGACAAACCAAAGAAAUACGUGCAGGACGUGUUACAGGAGCAGCUGGCCCAAACCGUGUUCAAAGCACUGAAGGAGCAGGGAGGCCACAUCUAUGUCUGUGGAGAUGUCACCAUGGCUGGGGACGUCCUCAAGACCAUCCAGCGCAUUGUGAGGCAGCAGGGCCAGCUGUCGGUGGAGGAGGCAGGUGCCUUCAUCAGCAAACUGCGGGAUGACAGCCGGUACCAUGAGGAUAUUUUUGGAGUCACCCUGCGUACGUAUGAAGUGACUAACCGCCUUAGAUCCGAGUCUAUUGCAUUCAUUGAGGAGAGCAAGAAAGAUACGGAUGAGUGA